CCUGACGUCAGAGGCGCGCCUGAGCGCGUGAACAGCGGUAUCUAGGGCGGAAGUGCUUUCGGCGGAAGUGAUACCUCCGCUAAGCGUGGGUGGGAUGGCACCUGUGCGGCUCUUUCUAAGUCGGCUUCGAACACCCUUCAUUUCCAUGGCCCAGAAGUCACUCGAGGGCGUGCCCUCCUCCAGGGGCCUGCUCGCGGGGCGCGAGCCCCGAAGGCUCUCCAUCGAAGGCAACAUUGCUGUGGGAAAGUCUACCUUUGUGAAGUUACUCACGAAAACUUACCCAGAGUGGCAUGUAGCUGCAGAGCCUGUAGCAACAUGGCAGAAUAUCCAAGCUGCUGGCACCCAAAAAGGCCAAACUACCCAAAGUGUGGGAAACUUGCUGGACAUGAUGUACCAGGAGCCAGCGCGAUGGUCCUAUACAUUCCAGACUUGUUCCUUUAUGAGCCGCUUGAAAGUACAGCUGGAGCCCUUCCCUGAGAAACUCUUACAGGCCAAGAACCCCAUGCAGAUCUUUGAGAGGUCUGUGUACAGUGACAGGUACAUCUUUGCAAAGAAUCUUUUUGAAAAUGGUUCCCUCAGUGACACUGAAUGGCAGAUCUAUCAGGACUGGCAUUCUUUUCUCCUACAGGAGUUUGCCGGCCGGCUCUCCUUACAUGGCUUCAUCUACCUACAAGCUACUCCCCAGAUUUGUUUGAAGAGGUUGUACCAGAGAGCCAGAAAGGAAGAGAAAGGAAUUGAGCUGGCCUAUCUUGAGCAGCUUCAUGGUCAGCACGAAGCCUGGCUUGUUCACAACACAACCAAGCUCCACUUUGAGGCUUUGCUGAACAUCCCAGUGCUGGUGUUGAAUGUCAGUGAUGACUUUUCCGAAGAAGCAACCAAACAAGAAGAACUCAUCAGAAAGGUACAGGGGAGAGAGUGAAGAAUUUGGACUUUUGCUCCGGAGCUGAAGAGCUUGGCCAAAAGAAAGAAAGGGAGAGAACAUCAAGAGCCUAAAAGUUCAGCAUCUGACAUUUAGGGUUGGCCAUCCUGGCACUCUGGCCUACUUUACCCAGUGAAUUUCAGGCAACCUUUAUGUGAACAUUUCUGCAAGAAAGAAAGAAAAUAAUUUUUGUGCUGCUUGUCAAGCUUCAAGGACAAUUUAUGGUUAAGGAGGAAAAGUACGUGGUUCUAUAGAAUUGAAGUGCACCAUUCCAGGAAGCCCACAGGCCCAUGAUUCACUGGGAGAGGAUUUCCUACACUGAGCCCUUUACAGGUCUACAGGCCUCAGGAAAAUGAAUUUGGGACUUAGCAUGUACUGAAGACUGAAGAAAUCUGUUUCUGUCCUUUAUGCUUUGGGAAAAUAGUGUGAGACCGGUUUCUAAAAUAGGUAGUUUGGAAAAACUUCAGCAAUUUUUUAUCACCCUUUAAAAAAUUUUUUAUGGCUUUAUUAAUAUAUAACUCAGGGCCGGGGAUUUAGCUCAGUGGUUCUGCCACCUGCCUUGCAAGUGCAAGGUCCUGAGUUCUAUCCCCGGUACCAAAAAAAACACCUCAUACACCACACUAAUUCAUUCAUUUAAAGUGUACAAUUCAAUGAUUUUUAAUAUAGAGUUUUUACAACCUGCAUCAAAUUUUAGAACAUUUUAUCACUCCAGAAAAAAAGCCCAUACCCUAUCCUCCCUCUCCCCUAACCAAGAUUUCCCCUACUCCCAACCCUAUGCAACCACAAAUCUAAUUUCUAUCUCUAUAGAUUUACCUAAUGUGGAUAUUUCAUAUAAAUGGAAUUGUAUAGCUUGUAGUCUUCUGUGGCUUCUUUUAUUUAGCAUAAUAUCUUCAGGGUUUAUCUAGGUUAUAAUAUGUAUCAGUAUUUCACUUUUAUGACUAAAUAAUAUCUUAUGGGCAUUCCACAUUUUGUUUAUCUGUUCAUUAGUAUCCUUUAUUUUUUUAGCUCACAGUUUUGUUUUGGGUUUUUUUGGCACCGGGGAUCGAACUCGGGACCUUGUGCCUGCGAGACAGGCGAUGGAACCACUGAGCUAAAUUCUGGCCCUUUUAGUAUCCUUUAUUUUUUUAAGACAGGGUCUCACUGUGCAGUUCAGGACUCGAACUUGCAGUGAUCCUCCUGCUUUAGCCUCCCAAGUGCAGGGAUUACAGGCAUGUACUGCUACACCCAGCUGAUAUGUUAUUUUUAUUACAGCCAUUCUAAUAGAUGUGGGAUGGUAUCUCAUUGUGGUUUUGAUAUACAUUCUUCUGAUGGUGAAUGAUGCUGAACAUGUUUAUGAACUUACUGAUCAUUUGUGUACCUUAUUUGAUAAAGUACCUAUUCAAUUCC